AUUUUCUAUUGAUUCCCGCUAGAUGCAGAACACUGGAGAAAAGCUGCAUGUUGAGGAGCGUAUCGGCGCUCUAUCAAAUUAUAUAUUUACAGUUGUACGCCUGGAAAUAUAAUCCGAAAAAUCAACAUGACGAUUUUAUCGCUGAGUCCGUCAGAAAUUCGCUACAGUCAGGAUAGUAUCGCUUAUUAUUUCGGAUAUGGAAGAUAUUCUGGAACUCAGAUCGGACAAACAGUGGACGAUCUUUUACAACGUAAAUGUUACGUUGAUGAUAUUCCAAGAAUUACCGUUACUUCACGUAACGGGUUAUGGUACUCAGGUGACAACAGGCGACUCUGGGUGUUCCGAACAUGUGAGGAACUUGGGUUCAUCGACAGAGUUCCGGCGAUGGAAGGAUACGUAAGUUCUUCUAAGUUUACCACUUACAAUGCUGGUGUGUCAAUACGUGUCCGUGGGAAUCCUGGAGGGCGGAUAUGGACACAGAGACAUCGUAAAGAACUUGUUAUCAAAGAACCUGAGCCAUCAAACCCUGUCGUGCCAAAUGUGCCUGUGGUAAAUUCAACACUACGUAACGAAUCCGUGGUGAUAUCAUUGGUGGAGGAUGAAGAAUUACACCAUGGGCUGUCAGAUUCUUCUGAAGACUUGACAGACAUUCCCAGUGACUGUGGUCAAUCCGGUGUGUUAGAAUCUUCUGUGAUUAAACACUGUUCAGAAGAAACAGAGUCUUGUCACGAAUCAAUGUCAUCCAAUUUGGAGGAUGGUAUGCCAAUUGGACAAGAUAACCACGGAUUUGAUUCAGAUGAAGAUGGCCAACACCACGUCGAUGGGACCAAGGAUUUAGCAUCAACAUAUGGAGUACGUUUCCGGUCUACUCAGGAUGAAAUAGUAUUGCCAGACAAUAUCUAUGUAAGUGUGGAUAUGUCGACGAUGGAUGAGUGUCCACUUUCCAGUGACCAGCCCGCUUCGGUGGAUGUCGAAACUAACAAUUCAACUUUGACGGACACUAACCAUUCCACUGUGAGUAUGCCAGGAGAAUCUGUUGAUGUUGAAAGUGGACCAAAGGUCAGAGCCUCACGAUUAACAUUUGAAAACAUCCGUGUUGUCCUUUCAAAAUAUCGGUAUACGAUGGUGGUGUGUCUGAUAUUGGUUGCCAUAGUUAUACUGGUACUGAUAGUUGUGUUUAACACAUAGAAUAUACAUUUCCUCACACACACGAAAAUCGUCUGUCUUACGUAAUACCACUAUAUAUUGAAAAAACUCAUGAACCUUGAAUCUUACGCGUGUAAUCCAGUUUUUGUAUAUUCUAAUCGACAGGUAAUUGUUUGUCAGAUAAUAUGACUGCAGAAACAACCGUCAAUAUCUGCUUGAUUAUGAUUAUGUGAGUGAAAACAAACAAUGUAAUUUUUCUUUACUAUUCAUUUUUUUUUUGAAAACUGGACAGAUAUUUUUCACGUUAACAUCGCACAUCCUAUGACUUUGAUGAUAUAGAUUUGAGAUACGCGAUUCAUUAACAAAGAAAAAGUGUUAUCUGUAUGUUCACCGAAUUAAUCAGUAAUUGGAGAUUAUUUUUUUUAAUGAAAUUUGAAAAUUAUAUAUCAAUUGUGUAACUGAAGGCAUGAAGUAGUAAUAUUCAUGAACAAAUAGUAAUUUUUACUGCAAUAACCUACUUUUAAAAGCUCCUUACAUACACAGGUACAUAGGUAUCGUGACUCUAAAUCCAGUGUACUCGCCCUAAGAAAAAAAGUGGCGGCGGGGUAUGUUGUAAUUGCUUUGUCUGUGCGUCUGUGUGUAUGUGAGGGUAAAUGUGAGUCCGUUCGAUUCACAAAACGUGUGUACCAGACAUAUAUAGAACCCUUCAUCUGAUUUUGUGUCUAUCCAUAGCACAGUGCCACAUCAAUAUUUCUAUUUCGGAUCUAACGCACUUAUUCAUAGUAUUAUCUAUUAUGUCUAUGAAGCGAUAUCAUAGAUAUUGAUAACCAUCAACAUGUCUUUUUCUGCGGAUUAUGCGAACAAUUUUUCUAGCGUUUAGAUUGAAGUGUGCUAAAUCGAGGACAAUUUGAAACACGACCUGUGUUUGUUCAACGUCAGAAUCAUCCGUCUAAGAAAACGUUUCUUUUGUAAAUCAAAUAUAUUUUAAAGUUGCCAUUUCUACAAUUACAGUGUUAGAUUUAAUUUAAUCAUAAGGAAAAACCGAGGUGAUAAAUCGAUCUAACGAUGUAUAGACAGAAAACC